AUGUCGUAUUCCGACGACUUUUUCGAUGAGGAGCUAGAGUUUUCCAUCCUCAAUGCCUUCAAUCAAGGACAGGAGAACGCCGAUCAAGCCUCCGUGGAUGGAACUCAAUCCAACCAAAACCAAGAGGGAAGUCAGGAAGUUGUUGAAAACCAGGCAACUCCUGAUCUUGCCUUCCAGGGGAAUCCCUAUGGCUACAAUCAGCCCCAGCAACAGCUGGUGCAGCAACAGGUCGAGCAACCGGUCCAGCAACAUUCCUAUCCCCCUCCACCGGCCCCAUACGUUCCUCAACAGUAUGGUAUGCAGCCGCAGUUUAACAUCCCACAGGGGCAACCCUCCGUCGCAGCAGAGAUGGCGUAUCCUCCGCAUCACCUGUCUGCUCCGACCAUGGCGCAAGCCUAUCCCCCUGUCCUGGCACCACAAGCCGGCUUCCCGCCACAGCUGCCCAUUCCCAACCAGGUACUGCACGGGGGCGUGAAACUUACGCAUAACAGGAAACGGAAAUUCGAGCCCGGAAAUGACCCGGGUCGAAUUUACCAAAAGCCAUCCGGGCUGGGUCCUUGGGGCCCGAUAGUCCCGGCAAAGCAGCCCUAUCACACAUUUGAAUACUGCAAAUCCACGGCUGAACUGAAGCCGAUGCGGAUGUUUUCCAAGGAGGAGCUGAUUCUCUUCUUCCAUGGAGUAGGGCACCCGAACCCCAACCGGAGGCUGACCCUUUGGAUCCAAAACACACCGGCGCAAUCUAACGACCGCUACGCCAACGGUCCCAGCUCCGGUAAGUGCCGCUACGUGGACUGCCGAGCUGGUCAAAACACCAUCCUGAAAGGCUUUUUCCGUGUGGCCUUUGAUGAGUUCUCCGACCAUACCGGUGUGACCUUGGAUCCGUUCCACAAUGCGGGAUACAUGCAUCUCCAUUGCUUUGAGGAACUCUUCGAUCUUGGCUACCUCAUCCACUACGGGGCCGCUGCUUACGGCUUCUCCAUUCGGCCAGACACCCGUCAGUUCCCGUUCGAGACGCGGAACACGGCAGGCAUUACGCGGGACCACCAAGAGAUGGCUAAUGCCUACCACGAAUGGGUAGCCCAGCAGAAGGCCAGGGUUGAUUUGAUCCGAGCCCAGAAUGAGUAUUAUACAGGUUUUGACCCUCACUGGGUUCCACCUCAUAAUCAGCGGCUCGGAUAUGCUCUCACCAUUGCCCACAUGUCUCUAGAAGUCAAGGGCCGCGCACGAAAGCGCGAGGAGCGUGGCGGCGUCCAUAUCGGCCAACACCUGGGCAAUCUGGAUGUCCACAACAAGCUGAAGCGACGGGAGGCCCGGAGAAAGCGCCGGGAGGCGAGGAACCAAAGCGAUACCAGCGAGUCCUCGUCGUCCUCAGGCUCACAACAGCCCUCAAACAGCCCUCAGCCAGGCAACGGGUUUGGCUUCGGCAAUAACAACAGUCCGGCCUAUGUGCGACUCGGCACGCCGGUGCUUCCGGACAACAAUAUCUACGGCGCCCCACCUCCGCAGCAACCUGUUCACUGGUCCAACUCCCGACAAUCUUCUCAAGAGGACGAGGAAGCGGACGACGGCUCGCGGGGCCGCAAGCGGAGGCGCAUCGAGGGGGCCCAAACCCAAACCCAGCCUGCCUGGACAGGCCAAGCCCAACCCCAGCAUGGCUGGCCCCCCGCCUCAGAGUUCAGCCCUCGCACCACACGCCAGCGCAGCCGCGAGACAGGUGAGUCCAUCCUGGGGAUGAUCACAUCCCAGCCACACCUCACGCGCAGCACGGCCCAGCAGGUGCAGGAACUCCUGCAGAGCGAGCCGCAGCACGUCCAGGCCGAGGUCCAAACACAAAUCCAGCAGGCGGCGCCCCAAUAUGCUCCCCUCGUGAUGCCCCCGCCCGAUAAUGGCGGUGUUGACCGCAUGUGGGUGGAGCCGCAGGACAACCUCGAGGCGCGGCUGGGCAGGCUUCCCAGGCGCCAGCGCAGGGAGGUGGAUGAGUUCGUCAGGCGGCGCGAGAGGAGGGGGGGGAAGAUUAAGUAUCAGAGUCUGUGA